UUAGCCAACAGAACCACUAAUACAUGUGAUUUUGUUGUUAAUAGAGCUGUAAGAAUUUUAAGUACCUCUUGGGAAUGUGUCAUUUUUGGUUGGCUUUUUUAGGCAUCACAGGGUGCUGCGUUUGUCUUUGUAAACAAGUACUGAAUAAAACAUUUAGCACACAGCCGCACUUUGUACAAGUGUCAUGCAGGUUUCUAAAGUUUCAGGGAGAAUAAAUCAACUGCAAACUGCUGCCUGGCAGUUGACUUUGCUCCUUAUAAAUAGCUAAUUUGGACAACUUCGCCCUGCACGUCCCAUGAAAUUCAAAUACUGUGCAUAUCGUUAAUGCAGGCACACAAAUCAGAACUGCAACAGCCCCUUUUAUAAGCCCAGGGUUGUCACAGAAAUGCCACAGCCAAGGGCAGGUCAGCUCCAGGUUGCCCUCCCUUUCUUCCAGGGGUGAUCCUGGGAAACAUCAGCAGGCCACUGUGCUCUGCUGCCUGGCCCCAAGGGAGGAGCAGGAGCCCCAUGGUGGCCCAGUUCACCUGGCUGGUUGUACUGGUUGGCAGCAUCACCACUCGGCAGAAUUAGGUCCAAACUCAGCCCUGGUUUAAUACACCCAAGGGAGAAAAGUAAGGGCUGACUGUGCCUUGCUCUGUCGCCUUUGCAGCGCCCAGCACUGGGCACAGGGUGGAUUCACACCCUUCCCUCCUCCCCAGGCACAGCGCUGCUGCUCCAGCCCUGCAGAACCCCCACGUGGGAUGCAAACUUACCUGAUCCUCCCAGGAGGCCCUUAGCAACACACAGGGCCCACCCAGGCUGGCCCAGAACUCAGCCCAGAGGCUCUAAUCCUGGAAGGUGCUGAGCCACUCAGACUUCUGCCACUCAUCUCUGGAUUUUGGCACAUGUUCAGCACGAGCAGGAUCAGCCCCUUGCUGUAAUAAUCAGGGAAUGAGGAACUCAGCUUGACUGAGUUUCCCUCCCACCCCCCAAUGCAAAAAUGCUGUACAUUCCUUUAUGCAGGUUUCCAUAGUGUUGAACUUCUACUAUUUUUUUGUUGUUGCUGUUAAAGGGGUCAGCAAUGCACUGUACAAUGGGAUCUGGCUGUCAGGAAAUGUAGAGGAAUUCAGGGACACUUUUAACAUCUUCCUGGUGGGGCUGGAGGGCAGCAUUAAACCUGGCAUCCUGGAAAUCUCCCCACCAAAGAAGAAAAAAACCCAGAGAAGCCCCGGGAGAAGUUAUGAAGACAUUCUGCUUUGUCAAUCCUACGUUUAAAUAAGUUAUUUCUUCCCCUACUUCCUCUGCUAAAAUAUGAUAUUUUGGCUUUAAUUGCUUCAAUCCUAUUACUUGUUCCUUUUAGCAAGUGAUUGUGCAGCCCCUUGCCGUGGGGAAAUCCCCUGACCGCGGGUCCGUGUUAUUUAGACAAGUCCCCUUUCAGAACUAAAUGCCAUUCUUAGCAUAGGGAAGUACUUUAGGUCUAAAGGGGUUAAGAAGGCCUCCCUGCAUUCAGAAACAUGCAGGGGUCCCACCAUGCCAGUUCCAGCCUUUUGAACUCUUUCCAGCUUUUUUUUCUUGCAACAAAUCUGUCUGACUGCCACCAGGACAUAGGAAGCGUGUGCCUGUCAAAGAAAUCAAGUUUACUUUUUCUGACUUGUUAACAGAGGCAGGGUAUAAAUAGAGCUAACUCUGCUCAGACUAGUAGCGUUUCUCUUAAAAUAAGGGGAUAACUUCCUAGGACCUUUAAUCCAAUGAGGUCCAGACCAAACUGCACUAUCGACAGAGGCAGCAGAGGAGCUCGCUGAAGCUUUUACUGAGGUCAGGUGCAUCUGGGUUCCUCAAAAAUUUAAGGCUUGCCAAAAAAAAGCAACCCCAAGCAAGCAAGAACUACUUCCAGCUCGGACACUGCCACUGCCCUGGAGAAGUUCUGAGAUGUUGUUGGUGCUGUUCACUCGGUGGAUGUGGAUCUUGCUGGGGAAGAGCAGUGUCCUCUUGCUUCUGGAGGUCUCUCUGAAAGGGAGAGCUCUGCCCCCAGUCCGGUAUUCCCACGCUGGGAUAUGCCCCAAUGACAUGAACCCCAACCUGUGGGUCGACGCGCAGAGCACUUGCAAGAGAGAGUGCGACGCUGACCUGGAGUGCGAGACUUUCGAGAAGUGCUGCCCCAAUGUCUGUGGAACGAAGAGUUGUGUGGCUGCUCGGUACAUGGACGUCAAGGGGAAAAAAGGGCCGGUGGGAAUGCCCAAGGAGGCAACCUGUGACCGUUUCAUGUGCAUCCAGCAAGGCUCAGAGUGUGACAUCUGGGAUGGGCAGCCUGUCUGCAAGUGCAAGGACAGGUGUGAGAAGGAGCCGAGCUUCACCUGCGCCUCCGACGGGCUCACCUACUACAACAAGUGCUACAUGGAUGCAGAAGCGUGCAUCAAAGGCAUUACACUGAACGUGGUCACCUGCAGGUACCAUCUCACCUGGCCAAACACCAGCCCUAUCCCACCAGAAACAACAGCUCGCCCAACUACUGCCUACUCCGAGACAACGGUCGUCGACAUCCUGCCACCCGCGCUCGUGAACAACCCUGUCCAUCAGUCUGUCUACGUGGGAGAGACCGUCAGCUUCCUCUGUGACGUUACAGGGAGACCCAAGCCAGAGAUCACGUGGGAGAAGCAGGUCGAUGGGAAGGACAAAGUCAUCAUGAGGCCAAAUCACGUCAGAGGGAACGUCGUGGUCACCAACAUCGCCCAGCUGGUCAUUUACAACACGCAGCUGCAGGACGCGGGAAUCUACACCUGCACCGCCCAGAACAGCGGUGGCCUCCUCAGGGCUGACUUCCCUUUGUCAGUCAUCAAAGGAGAACCCGCAUCCAAAGAGGCUUCCCAAAACAAAACGCAUUUCCCAACCGAUGAGUGCCUGAAGCAACCGGACAGCGAAGACUGCGGGGAAGAGCAGACCAGGUGGUACUAUGAUGCAAAGAAAAACAACUGCUUUACUUUCAUCUAUGGGAACUGUAACAGCAACCUCAACCACUUUGAGACCUACGAGAGCUGCAUGUUAACGUGCAUGAACGGCCCCAUCAACAUCUGCAACCUGCCAGCCCUCCAAGGCCACUGCAAGGCCUACGAGCCCAGGUGGGCCUACAACAGCUUGACAAAGCAGUGCCAGUCCUUCAUCUACGGCGGGUGUGGAGGCAACGAGAACAACUUCGAGAGCCGGGAGGCCUGCGAGGAGAUGUGCCCCUUCCCGAAGAACACGCACUGCAAAGCCUGCAAACCCCGCCAGAAGCUGGUGACGAGCUUCUGCAAAAGCGACUUCGUCAUCCUGGGCCGCAUCACGGAGCUCACCGAAGACCAAGACUCGGGACACGCCCUGGUGACGGUGGAGGAGAUUCUCAAGGAUGAAAAAAUGGGAUUAAAAUUCCUGGGGAAGGAACCCCUAGAAAUCACGCUCUUGAACAUGGACUGGAGCUGCCCGUGUCCCAACAUGACCACGGUGGAUGGCCAGCUCAUCAUCAUGGGGGAUGUCCACAACGGCAUGGCUGUGCUGCAGCCAGACAGCUUUGUGGGGACCUCCAGCAUCCGGCGCGUGCGCAAGCUCCGCGAAGUCAUCCACAAGAAAACCUGUGAGCUUUUGAAAGAGUUCCUGGGAUUGCAUUAACCCCCCUCACACGUGUCGGCCGCCCCGCUCCGUGUGUUACGUAGGGCUAACAAGAGCUAGGCUAGUGCACAAACUAAAGCGCUGUUUGAAGGUACACCGUAGGAAUUAUGCAGAACCCCUAUUUUAAUCCACUAAUGAUGCUUAGCAACAACGUAGUUUGGUCUUUGGCAAGCACGUAAACCAGCAGCAAAAGGCUAUUAAUCUUGCAUUGAAAUCAAUUCGUCCAUAUAGGAGUGCCAUUUAAAUAGGUGACUCACUGCAGUAAUUAUGCAAUUUUUAUGUAGCUUCCAUCAUAAAUGACGGAAUUCAUAGUGUUUGUUUGGCUAGUUGGUACACAGCUAAAUAAUAUAUAAUGUCAAUUUAAUCUGUCUCAUUUUCAGUCUGGAAAUGCGAUGGUAUGUCGUUGUAAGUAAGUCACAUGCUUGGCUCCUUAUAGCAGCACUAAUAUUUCAAGAGAAAAGCCUGUAAAUUAUUGUCUGUAUUUACAAUUGUGAACAUUUAACCAACCUAUGCAUUAUGUUUGCUUCUUUUAAUUGAAAUUUUCCCUUUUCUUUUUAAAAACCUCAUUUUUAAAUGGCAACUACUACCUAUCUUGCAAUCCUUUCUGGAGGAAAAACUCCCUUGAUCCUAUGCCCAGGACAACAGGUCCCUGUAGAAGCUCAAGGCACAGUCUCACCCUGAAAUUACUUUUCUGUCACCAGAACAAGGUCAGCAAACACCCUCAUUCCCUAUUUUAGUUUCAAUCAAUUUACUGUCUUAUCACAAAAAGUCCCAGGCAGAAGGACAGCAGAGUGCUGUCUUGCUUUUGAAAAUGCUUUCC